AUGAAGAAGCAGCCGCAGCACAGCAACAGGGGCUGCCCGGAGCCCCGGCCGCAUGUGGCCCCUUCAGCUGGAGGGGGUCCCGGGCAGGGGGGUGACUGGAGGAGGCGGCGGCCCCUCUCGCUGCUGCCUUUCCUCUCGCUCCGCGACUACGGCUUCUGCAUGGCCGCCUUGCUGCUCUUCUGCCUGGGCUCCCUCUUCUACCAGCUCAACGGAGGACCCCCGCACUUUCUGCUGGACCUGAGGCACUAUCUAGGAAAUUCCACUUACUUGGAUGAUCAUGGACCACCUCCACGCAAGGUACUUCCUUUCCCUAGCCAAGUGGUGUACAACAGAGUUGGAAAGUGUGGGAGUCGAACUGUGGUUUUGCUUUUGAGAAUCUUGUCAGAGAGACAUGGGUUCAACCUGGUUACAUCAGACAUUCAUAACAAAACCAGACUGACCAAAAAUGAACAGAUGGAAUUGAUUAAAAACAUAAGCACUGCUGAGCAGCCCUAUUUAUUCACUAGACAUGUUCAUUUCCUCAACUUUUCAAGGUUUGGAGGAGAACAGCCAGUAUACAUCAAUAUUAUUAGGGAUCCUGUCAACCGAUUUUUAUCCAACUAUUUUUUCCGUCGAUUUGGAGACUGGAGAGGGGAGCAGAAUCACAUGAUCCGCACACCAACUAUGAGACAAGAAGAAAGAUAUCUAGAUAUUAAUGUAUGUAUUCUUGAAAAUUACCCUGAAUGUUCCAAUCCCAGGUUAUUUUACAUCAUACCAUAUUUCUGUGGACAGCAUCCAAAAUGCAGGGAGCCUGGGGAAUGGGCCCUUGAAAGAGCAAAACUGAACGUGAAUGAAAAUUUCCUACUUGUGGGGAUUCUGGAAGAGCUAGAGGAUGUGCUGCUUUUACUGGAAAGAUUCUUACCUCAUUAUUUCAAGGAUGUGCUCAGCAUUUACAAAAACCCAGAACAUAGGAAACUUGGAAAUCUGACUGUGACCGUGAAAAAGACCGUCCCUUCUCCAGAAGCCAUUCAGAUCCUGUACCAGCGCAUGAGAUACGAAUACGAGUUUUAUUACUAUGUCAAAGAGCAAUUCCACCUGCUAAAGCGCAAGUUUGGACUUAAGUCUCAUAGCAGUGAGCCGCAUCCCAGGCCAGAAUUCUUUAUUCCUUCUCCCCUGGAAACUGAAGAACCCAUAGAUGAUGAGGAGCAAGAUGAUGAAAAGUGGUUAGAAGAUAUCUAUAAAAGGUGAUGCAAGCACCAAGUCCUCCUCUGGUGACCUAUCAGCUUUCUCAAUAUUUUUUUUUAUUGUUAAAAAAAAUAUUCCUUAAGAGACUGAGUUAAUGCGCAGCAGCAUUUAAAACAAAAAAGAAGUUCCCAUGUGUUGGGGCGAUUGAGAGACACCCGGUUUUGCGGGUUAUAGUUGUUUAAAUUUAUUGUAUUUUUCUUGGCUCCAUGCGAUCCUUUACGGAACAUAUUUUAAUAUUGAACCAUCUAUCACCUCAUCACAAAAUAACUUUUGCACAGUAAAAUGCUGCUGUACACAUGAACCCAUUUGCAGAACAAGAUAUAUUAUGUUAAACAUAAUUUACAAAGUAACUUUCAUAAAAUCCUUCUGUCACCAGUCAGUUUUAAUACUAUGCCCAUUGUUGUGGCAUUGAACAUCAACACCAUUUAUAAAGUAGGAGGAUACCACAGGAGCAUAGUAACAACCUCUGAUUAGAAAGCAACAAUAAAUGAUUAGUUGAUCAGAGCCGUUGUUACAACUAGGAAAGUUCAAACUGUAGUGGACUCAAAACAGAGUAGAUAGUCUCCCUUGGGGAGCUUCCAGUGAGAGGAGUUCAAUCUACACUUCAAGCAAAUUAGAUCGGGAGAAAAACAGGUUAAAGAACCCAGUUAGCCAGAAGGGUUCACAGACUCAAAGUGGAAAAAAUUUUCAGUUAAUUUGAAUGACUGAGAUAACUGAGUAGAUGGGAAGCCAAAGGAGCAAUAUUGUGUGGCCUUGGGAUUUUGCUAGUACAGUUGAAAAUGUUCUUAGGAGGAAGAUGUGUGAUGCAUAGUUUUAUUUUAAAGAAAAAAAUAUAAACUAUUGUCAUUCCUAGCAUGGGCACAGACCCAAAAUUACACAAGAAGUUUUUUUCAUACAGGAAACUUAAAACCAUUUGGGGAUCUUUCCUUUAGCGUGAACAUUUAUUUAAUCUCAGUUCUGUGAGUCUUCAUAUCUCAUGCAAAUAAUUGUCAGAAUUAAGGUGAAAUACAGGUGAGGAUUUGUAUAGAAAUGAAGUAAAAUGAUUUUUAAAUGAGGGAUUUUUUUUUAAUGAGACAUUGACAGAUAUGACUGAUGUUUUACACACUGUGUAAUGAUAAAACAACAGAAAAAUAUCAAUAUAGCAUUGAAAAACAAAACAUGUUCAAUUUUAAAUUUAAGUAUCGUUGUCAGGAAACACUAAAAAGUGGAGUGAAUGGGAUUAGGUGAUGAAUUGGGGACCGUUCCACUUAAGGUAUCAAAAGGAUUUCUGAUUACAAUUUUGUGACAUUUAAAGCUAGAAUGUAACUUGGACAACAUGUCUGUAGAAGCCAGUAAGUAUCUACUUUACAUUCCCAAACAGACUUCUCCAAUCUUGGGUCUAUGCACAUAGGAGUAAGCAGAGCUAUUUACACAUGCAGUCUUGCAGAUCAGCAUAAUUAAGUCAGUGUGUCUCGGGCAGAAGUAAACUACUUGCCCACUGACCAAGGAAGAAGUGCCCUCUAUCACAUUGCCUUCCUACAUCACUUCUGGGAUGGUACAACAUGCACACCGUGCCUUGCAUGAGGCUGGGCUUAUAUCCACAAUCUAAGCCUUGCUAGAUUUCUUGUAGGAUAGCGGUUUUCAAUCUUUUUAUUUGCAGCCCCCUAAAAAUACUCAAGUGGAGGAGUGGACUCCUUUGGAAAUCUUAGACAUAGUCUGCAAACUUCCAGACUUCCAUGGACCACAGGUUCAGAAUCACUAUUUUAGGCUGAGCUCUUUAGUGUUUGCUUCAAGGGAGUUUCACUGUCUGUGUAUAGUCUGCAAAAUGGACCUUCAUUUUGAAGUAAAAAGUUAAAGUUAUUUUGUGAUUGAGGUACGUGGACAGGCCUAAGCUAUCAGUGCUUUCCAGAGGCUCCCCCUUUCAUGAGCCUUCAGAGAGCUAAAAUGUAUGGUGGACCAUCUUGAUAAUCUAACUGGUCUUUGUUAUAUUUGUCUGCAGAGAACUGAAGUAAAGAAGCAAAACCAUGUUAAGACAUGAUAAUUUGCAGAAAAUAUUACAGGGAGAAAUUCUGUUCUUUCUCCUUACAUCCCAGUUGUGUGAUACCAAUGCACUACCAUGAAGAAAGGCACAAUAGGAAACUGGAAGUGAUGUAGAUAACAGUUAGCAUAGUCACUAAAAUAUGAAUCUGCUGCAUUGUAUAUUUUAAGUGGUUUCUAUGAAAUUACAUUGAAAGAGUAAUGAUUAGUUUACACACUGUGCAAUUGUUACAUUUUGGAAAGACAAUAUUCCCUUUUUAAAAACAAAUUCUGCUGAGUCCUUUCACAAGUGUCAGUGCAAAAUAAGUCACUUAAGUCAUUCAGCCUUACCACAAAUUCACUUCCAUUUCCUGUAGACGUUUAAGUCUAUUUUUAUCUUUAUUUAAUGAUAUCUUCAGCCAUCUUUACUUUAUAACCUAAUCACAAACACUGUUACAUAUUUGAUUCUCUGGGUUUUAGCAUUGUAUUUUUUCCUAGCAAUUGACCUUGCCUCUUCUCCCUGAAUGAUAACUUCAUAAAUGUGUUUGGCACAUAAAUGUCUACAAUUCCUGGCCCAAAAGUCCCUUUGUUUGUCAUGAAAUAUGUUUUAUAUUUUUCUUUAAUGUUUAAAAAGUACAUUUUAAACAGUUUAAUCUUUUACUUAUUUAUUAUAACUUUCCAGCACAUUCCAAAUUCUAAGUUGCUCAGGAAGAGGUUGAUUUAAAUUAUUUUAUUUUGGUUUGAUGGAUUUCUUUUUUCAAAAACAAAAAUCACUGUUAUAAACUUUUAGCCCACAACAACUAUGCAGUAAGUACCAUAUAUGUACUUGUAAAUUUUGUGGGGAGGAAAAGGUACUUGCCAUCAAUUGAAAAUAUCUGUACAUUAGCUUAGUUUUAAAUUAAAGCAAUCUGUGUUUGGCGUGAACAAUUAUUUAACUUGUUCACUACCCUUUCUAAAAUUCUGACAUUAAAAAAAAAACAUGUAGAAGGAUAGGGAGGGAGUUGUUUAUUGUGAUGGGGGAUUUUGUUUGUUUGUUUGUUCACGCCAGUGAUGUUUGAAGAUGCAGCAGUGUCUGCUGUUCUAUUCAGCUUUAUCGUAUCUUGUUUGGUUCCUUCUCACUAUUGCCUGUUUGGUUGCCUAGUCUGGAUAUAAUGCCAAUGGAUGGCACUUCAUCUGGAAUCUCACCCUGUAGAACUACAGCAUAAUUUAUGAUCUAAAAGACCAUACUGCAAGAGUGAUAUUCAGGGUGGCUAUUCUACACCUUGAUUUGCCUUGAGGUAUAAAGCCAAAGGCUCAGUUACUUUAGCCACCUGAGAAGUGCAAUAAACAUCCAGAAAUGCACUUCCUGGUGUGCUUUGUUGCUGUGAAAUGGAACACAUUUUUAUGUACAAAGGGAAACAACUUAGACCCAUACACUGCAUUUUACUAGAUGUUACAGACAAAAGGUCAGAUUAUAUUUGAUAUCCAGAAUGGAAAGCUCUAGUUGUGUCCACAAUCUAAAGGCAUUGCAUAAUGUAAACGAAUCACCAGUGGCAGUGCUUUCAUGCUAAACAGAAAACAAACCAUUGUUAUAGUUCCACAUUCUGAAAAAAAUAAAUUUUGGUUAUAAAUGUCAAGCAAUAGUGAUGAAUGGUGUGUGUGUGUGUUACUGUUUGUUUCUCUUCCAUGUGCAUGACUGCAUCAGACCAUCUAAAGUGCAUGAGGAGGAGCAACUCAAGAUAACUGAACAUGUGUAAAAUGAAUGGUACAUUUGGAGUAUUUCAACUUGCUUUAAGUUCUUUGAACCUGGUUUUUGUGAUGAAUUAUUUGGGGGUGGGGGGUUGUAUCGUUCAGUGAUCAGUGCCAUAAAAAUGUUAAAUGGAAUGAAAAAAUUCAACCAUUGUGAAUAAAUCUUCAGAUUCUAGUUGCUAAAAGCAAUUGAAUUCUGAUUCCUGUCAGUAUUUAUUACAGUAAAAUUAGUUUUAAUGGGAAGGCACACUAUUUGUACUGAUAGGAGAAGCUAGGUUGAAUGGUGUUUUGUACACUCAUACCCCCCAAAAAUAAAGUUAAACUCCUACACAAAAUAAAGCCCUGACAUUCACAACUAAGGUUGAAUGGUGCUUUGUGUUUUUCUCUUAACUUAAGAAAGAAAACCUGUAGUAUUCCAUAUCAGUAGCCCCAGCCCUGCAGUAUCAUUACUGUAAGCUGGAAUGUUUAGGAUCUUUGCAGUA